GUCCAGUGCCAUUCUAGGUAGGCAGGGAGAAAAUAGGGAAGCCAGGCUUCUUUCUGUGUAUUUAUGUAUGGAUAUGGAGUGUGAAAAAAAUCCACAGAUCCAUUAUCUGGAAACCUGUUAUCCAGAACAUGUGCCUGUCAAUUUCCUUCAACUUCAGUCCCUCUUAUCUGCCGUCCCCAAACCUGUGCCCUUGCAGCACUACUGGGAUCAAAUGCUAAAUUCCUGCAGGGUUCCGGUUGUAGAACUACAGUUCCCAGCGCAGCCCGGAGUAGCAGCCAAACAGAUAAACGCACUUGAGUCCCAGACUCCUUUGCGGCGCGUGAUUACCGGAAGAGAAGCCGGUCACAGGCCUCGGGCAGUCCUUGAUGGCGGGCAUUAGAUUACUGAAUGCUGCUAAACGGCUGGCGUGGGCCGAACCGUUUGACUUGCUGAGGUGCCAUGGGCCGGUUUCCCAGCACUGCAGACACGUGCACUUCAGCGUCACGCUGCCAGCCAAGAACAUGCUCGGGAAGUUCGCGAACAAGUCUAAAAGGAAGUUCUGGUACGAUGGUCCAUCUUUGGGGAGUCCGUUUGCAAACAAUCCAGCUACUUUGGCAAACCUGAUGAAAGUACAAAGGAAAGAAAAGAGAGAAGACAGUAUUCGCAUCAGGGCUCUGAAUACUAUCUUGUACAAAGCAUUAACAGACUUGCUGCAGACAUCCGCAAUUAGCCAAGAGACUAGUGACAUUAAUGUGGAGCUCUCAAAGGUAUCUGUAUCUGCUGACUUUUCAGUUUGCCGUGCAUACUGGAUGACAAGUGGCAGCCCUGACACUGAUGACCAAAUUGAACUGCUACUUCAGAAGUAUGCUCCCAAAUUCAGGCAUCUAAUGCUGACUCACCAAGUCCUUGGAAGUGUCCCAACAGUUGUAUUUGUAAGGGAUAAAGAAAAUGCCAUGGUACAAGAGGUUGAAAAAUUACUAGCUAUUGCUGAUUUUGGGGAAGACUGUGACAGGGAUAUGAACUCCACAUCAUCAGGUUCCACUGCAGUCUCUCAGGUUCCAACUGCAAGUAUGUUUGGUAUUGACCAUGCUGACCUCAACAAACAAAUUUUGGACUACAAAAGAAAAAUGAAAGACAAAAUAAAAGAAAAAGACGAGAGUACAUUGUCACUAAAGCAACAAGAACAACUUGCAGAGAUAAGGAAGCAGAAGAUGUUAAAGAAAAAGAAGCACAAAGGGACUCUUCAUGAUGAUGACGACUCUGUAGAGAAAUAUUUGCUGAGCAAAUACAAUGACUUGUACCCAGAUGAGGAGGCAGUAGUGUCUGAAGGAAAUGAAAUAGAGUAUGAACUAGAAGAAGAAAUAAAGAAACUGGAGGAAGAGGACAAUAGUGACCCACAUGUACAGAAUAAAAACUGUUAGUAUUCUGCUUGUGUGGAUGUUGUUUAAUGUGAACAGAUUAAUCCAUUUUGGAAGUCUUUUCUGGCUGUCCUCCUGCAAUCAUCUUUAGUAUACUGCAAAGUGCACUUGCUGUAUAUAAUUUUUGAAUAGUGAAUACUUUGUGUGAAAAAUUAGGUCACUUCUUGAGUUGGACAGUGCGGAAUAAUGUGCAUGUAAUGUCUAUGCUAAACACGUCAGUGUAUUGAAUGUUUGAAAUGUCCAAUAGCAAAGCUAAAAACUGAAAUUAAUGGCUCCCACAGAACCUAAUAAAUAUGCUGUUUAUUUA